CAUUAUAUUUGUUGUGCAUGUGAGCUGAAGGAAGUGAUUUUGUCCAUUUGAAGAUAGCGUUGUGGCAUGCAAAUGUAGUAAUGUAAAAGGCGCACCCAAUAAGCCAUUAUUGAAAGGUAAAUAAGUUGGUAUCCUCCCUUGUUUGACGUCACGUUUGAUCAGGCUCCUCGCAUUGAAGAAGAGAAGCUUUUAGUUUAUAAAGCUCAUGUGUGGACGACCAAAGGUGUUCUUUUUGUCCGUCGCCAACUUCAGAAAGGACGAAGAAGAACAUUUCCAAGCAAGGAAGGACAAAGAGGAUUUCUGGUUGUCAGACCGGCGAGAACGGCUACCAUCAUUUGACAGUUUUCACUGUAAACGCCGUCUGUGAUGGUCGCAGACUCGUCCUUGAAUAAUCUUCGCUAGUGAACUUGCGGCAUCUCGAAUUCUGUUGAUAAUUUUAUCGUCAACUUUGGAGGCAUUUGACGAGUUCGACUUCGAAGGUGACCUUCUUUUGAAAGCGGUUUCGUUUGAGGUGUAUAAAAUAUUAACUACUAUUGGUGCCAGAGUGCAGAUCAACCUAACCUUGUAGCGAGAGAAGAUCAUUAUUUUGCUCAGAGAAAUAAGCACUUUUUCCGAGACAUUGCUUUAUCUGAAAAAUACUAACCCAGCUGAAGUCAAACAUCUUUGCCCAAACAGUCAGAGUCAUUUAUGGCAGAUCAGAAAGCAGGGACAAGUGGACAAGAUGUAAAAGAAGAAAGCAAUUCCAGCAGCCCUGAACAACCUCGGAGUCCAGGCGCAAAGUCAACAAACAGUGAUCAUGAGUACAUCAUGCUGGCUGUGCCUGAUAUCGAAUCUGAUUCUGGGUCAGCUCUGUCAGGCUCUUCUGUGGAUAAGAGCAAAUCUCAGGGGAGUAGUGUGAGUAGUUUUGCUGAUGUCAUAACUCCUGACAUGGAGGCUACCUUGGAGAAGGGUCCAACAGAGGAAGAGGUACAACACUUGGUGGAAGAUGCAAAAAGAGAUAUUUCACACUUCUCUGCUUCACAAGAAGAGGUGUUUCCCAGUCAGGAUAAAGGAAAGGAUCUUCAGGAAGGUAGUCAAAUACCAAGUGAAAACCAUGAUCAUGUUGUAAAUGCACUUGCUGUGGAUGGUGAUUCACAAACAGAAGAUGACAAUUCCAGGGGGGAACUGGUAAGACAGCGAUCUGCAUCAGAUGGUGAGGCCAACACAGGUCAGACUGAAAAUGUUGCUGAUUUCACUAGUGAAGAAGCAGUGCAAGCUAGAUCAAGCACUCAUCCAGGACACUCCGAUGAUGAAAGUGAUGAUAAUGCCAUUUUAUUUGAUGGGAUCACUUAUUUAGGAUCCUCGACUGUGAAUGCACCUGUCAGUGAAAUUGAAUUGAAAAGAACAAUGUCUAUCCUGCGAGAACAGACGGAGGUCACUAUUGAUGUUUUGCUAUAUGUUGGUUCAACGUCAGAGAGCAUGAUCAGACUUAAGGAACCUGGAACGCAGGCUGACAUUGCAACUUAUCGCAUACAGAGGAUUUUGUUUUGUGGUCGUGGUGAUGCUGAAGGGAAAGAAAGGGACUGUUUUGCCUUCAAUACUGUCCAUGGAGACUCAGAUAUCUUCCACUGCCAUGUAUUCAAGUGUGAAGAUCCUGAAAAGGCUGGAAAGAUCUUGAAGACAUUUGCUUUAUCCUUUAGAAGACACAGGAAGGACAAAUAUUCCCUAAGGAAACAGCAGUUACAGCAGGUGUCUGUUGACAAUCCUACAAUGGUCACUGGUAUCAGCAACCUUGUCUUCAAAUUUGAUGUGACUCUGGACAUUCUUGAGGAAGACCACAAAGGAUUUUCCUCUGCUGCUAGGGACAAAAACUGUUUUAAACUUCGCCAAGACUUGAGAAAGAAAGUUUUAAUAACGGUGCAACAGUUGACAAACAAGCAUCUUAUUGUGGAAAGGUGUUUUGGACUCUUGAUCUGUCCUGGCAAGAAUGUUCGGUAUUCUGACAUGCAUCUAUUGAGUGAGGUGUCGAUGGAAGUUGCAGAUGGUGGCAAAACUUAUUACAUAAGUGGGUUAUGGGAUCCAGCUGUACGUGACUUGUUAGUUUUAAACACAGAAACUCCAAAAGAUUCAAGAAUAUUUGUGACAAUAGCUGUGGACUUAGUCGUCACUGGAGUAACAGAGCCAGUUAGGUUCAUUGUGGAGACAAAAGCUAAAAUUUUCCCCAGUGGAGAAAAGUUUUUCUGGAGUCCCAGUAAACCAAAAUUCCAUGAAACAUUUAUCAUGGAACUGAAAGAGGUUAUUGACACUGAGACAGGACUGAAAAGCUGUGAAGUGAAGAGCAUCAAAACUGAACUCAGUAUAGAAGCUUCUAAGAAUAUGGCUAAGAGGCAACCCAACCUGACAAGACAGCUGUCUGGAGGGAACAAGACUUCUGAUGAUGAUGAUGAAGAUGAUGAACCACUGCUAUCUGGAUCAGGUGAUGUGCAGAAAGAGUGCACAGAGGAGGAGCUAGGAAGCUGGGCAGAACUGUUAAAUAAAUGGAAGGAUGUCACUCUUAGGCCAAGACAACUCCCUGGACUCGUAAGAAAGGGCAUACCUGGUCCUCUCCGAGGACAAGUCUGGCAGAUGAUGGCUGGUCUGAAAGAAAAUGAUGAACUUCUUGAGGGCUACAAGCAUUUCAUUAAGAAGGAAUCUCCAACAGAACAAGUGAUCAUGUGGGACAUUCACCGUACCUUCCCAGCUCAUGACUAUUUUAAGAGCACCGGAGGGGAGGGUCAGGAGAUGUUGUAUAAGAUCAGCAAAGCUUAUUCUGUUUAUGAUGAAGAAGUGGGCUACUGCCAAGGGCUGUCAUUCCUAUCAGCUGUGCUGCUCUUACAUCUUCCAGAGGAGCAAGCCUUUGCAUUGCUUGUGAAGAUAAUGAGUGACUAUGGGCUGAGAGAGAUUUUUAAGCAAGAUUUUGAACAGCUGCACCUGAAGUUUUUCCAACUGGAUCGAAUGAUUGAGGAUUCGAUGCCAGACCUCCACAGCCAUUUUCAGUACAAUGAUAUCCAGACCCACAUGUAUGCCUCGCAGUGGUUCUUGACGCUGUUUACAGCCAAGUUUCCUUUACCAAUGGUCUACCGUAUUAUGGAUCUCUUCCUCUGUUAUGGUAUGGGUGUCAUUUUUCAAGUUGCCUUGGGCCUCUUGAAGGCAUCUCGUAGAGAGCUCAUCCAAAUGGAUUUUGAAGAUAUUCUGAAGUAUUUCAGAGUAUCCAUGCCAAAAAAGUACUUAGAUGAAGAAGAAUAUAAAAAGCUUAUUAACUCCGCUCUUAGCUUUAGGGUGACCAACAGAAAAAUGAAGAAAUACGAAAAGGAGUAUUUGUUGAAGAAAGACCAAGAGGCACAGCUUGAAGAUCCGGUAGAAAGACUCCAGCGAGAGAACAAGAGGCUGUUUGAAGCCAACAUGAGACUUGAACAGGAAAAUGAUAAUCUAGCUCACGAACUGGUGACUACUAAAGUGGAAUUACACAGCAAGCUUGCAGAGGCAGAGGAGAAGGUGGAAGAAUUGUCCAAGGCUCUUAGCAGUACUACUGUGUCACUGGCUGAAGCAGAGGACCAGCGAGAAAAGUUCAAGGAAGAGGGAGUUCAGGUGAAAGAAAUGUGGCGGCAGAACAUUGAAGUGGCAGAAGAAGAGAGGAAGCGGCACACCGCCAUCAUCGAGGAAUACAAAAAGAUCUGCUCUCGAGUGGACGAAAGAAGUGAGAAGUUAAAAGAAGAUUUACAGAGGGAGCUUCUGGAAGUCAAGAGACGCGUAGGAUCGUGCGAAAACUGCGCUGCUCUCUUCUCAGAGGAAGGUUACGUGUCGCUAGAUGGAGACCAGACUGCUACCUUCAAGACAAGUGUCAAGGUGGUGGACUCCGAGCAGCGUCUCAGAGAACUGGAACUAGAGCUGGCGCAGACCAAGCUUUCCCUGGUGGAAUCCGAGUGUCGUUCCCAGGACUUGGAGCACAGGCUCGCGGCCAUUGAAGCCGCGGCUGGUGAAAGUAAAUCAUGGUUCAAGAGAAUUAGUUUGGUCAAGGAUGCUGGGAAGUGAUUAAGUUUUGCGAGUUGUUCAUAGUCUUGUCACCUAAAACAGUCGGGGAAACAAUUGCCAGUUGAUGAAGAAUUACAGUCUUUGCGACUGGACUGGGGUUUUAGCUUUCGUCUCCAAAUUGGAAAGCAAGUGGUCGAACCACUAGCUCGUGCUAGUUUUUGAAUCCAUAAUAAAAAUCGAAAGCUUAAUGAGUACUUCAACGAAGAUUUUAAUUUCAAAACUGCGCUUGUUUCCCCGACUGGAAAUAAAUGAGAUGUCUGAUAAGUCCUAGUCAUCUAAGUUUUCGUUGAACUGCUAUUAUUUGUUAUCCUGGCCCUCUAUGUUCAUUUCCGAUAGUGUAACUGAUCUGUUUUUAGAGAAUUGUAGCUAUUGAAAUGUUCGUUUGUUUUUGUGAAAGGUCUUGAGUGUAAUAAUUAUCUGCUGUUGAGGAAGGUGUUAUCCAGUUAGGCAUACAAGCUGUUUGGGGAUCUCCCAGCAGGAUUCAAACCGGCCAGCCUGUUGUCAAUUGGAAACCUUUUUGUUAAGUUUCUUGGGAAACAGGAUUAACUGUUUCCCUUAGGACCCGUCAUUAAGUGUUUAUUGUCAGAUUCAAUCGGAAAAGAAAACAAGAGCAGGGAAUAUGGAAAAACAAAGUCUUAUCCUAGUAUUAUUAUUUUAUCUCGUCUUGACCAAAUCAUUAUCGGGCAAUAAAGGAUUGCAUCUGGAUCGGGUUUAUUUGAAUUAUCAAGCAAUGUGAUAAACUUGUUUCCAGGGUCUUUUUAAUCCGCUGGUUCUCAAUUCAGGAGAUACUCUGGGAACCAGGUUUGAAGUAGAAGCGAAUCUCUUUUCGUCCUAGACGACAUAUUUGCGUGGCUGAAAAAUGGGCGAAAAAACACGUAACUCUGGCAGGGUGUAACUUAGAAGGGCGAAUUUUCAUUUCGCAAGCUUCAAAGAUCAGUUGUAAGAAUUAGUUCAGUCGCAGUUCUUAAUGGUAGCCUAAAUGGUGACUAUUGAUAAAAUUAUCUUUGGAUUUGCUUGAGCUUGGAGCUAAGAACUCACUUUUGUGUUUGAUUUUUUAAUUCUAUUCGAAAAUGAAUUGUUUUUUUCAGAGGCGGGUACUUGUACAUUUGGUUGUCACAUGUUUUGUAAAUACAGCAUGGCAGACAAAGGACAGUGACCUUUGUUGAUAUAUUUGUUGAGUUCAGACUGCUGUUGUUGUUUUUUUUUUCUGUUUUAUUUGCGACUUCCUUUGGAAACUAAUAUAUUUGUUAGCACAAAUUAAACUGGAAAUACCCUCGAUAUAAUGUAAAAUAAUUGUAAGGAUAAUAUGAAAGGGGUUUAAUCGGGCAUAAUAAACAAAGCUCUCUGUUCAGAA